AUGCAUAAAAAUAAUUGCAACACAGAAAAGAUUGAAAGGCCUAUUCAUAAUAGUUUUAAUAAUAAAGCCUUUUUACAUGACCUAUUUUGGGAUAAUAAAUCAAACAUACUUUUUAUUUCUCUGAUCUGA